GGAGGUUCAUUCUUGUCCACGUCACAGAAAGCUGGUGAAUAAGUUCCUUUCGGUUCUUUCGCUCUGCGUGCUGCUUCAUCUGUUUCUCCUCAUCUUCAUCUUCUUCGUCAUCUUCAUCAUCGGCUUCAGAUGCAGUUCAUGCUUCUGUUCAGUCGGCAGGGGAAGCUCCGGCUUCAGAAGUGGUACGUGCCGCUGUCGGACAAGGAGAAGAAGAAGAUCACCAGGGAGUUGGUGCAGACCGUCCUGGCUCGGAAGCCCAAGAUGUGCAGCUUUCUGGAGUGGAGAGACCUCAAGGUGGUCUACAAGAGGUACGCCAGCCUGUACUUCUGCUGCGCCAUCGAGGAGCAGGACAACGAGCUCAUCACGCUGGAGAUCAUCCACCGAUACGUGGAGCUGCUGGACAAAUACUUCGGCAGCGUGUGCGAGCUGGACAUUAUUUUCAACUUUGAGAAGGCGUACUUCAUCCUGGACGAGUUCCUGCUGGGCGGAGAAGCUCAGGAGACGUCCAAGAAGACGGUGCUGAAGGCCAUCGAGCAGGCCGACCUGCUGCAGGAGAACGUAGACUUUCAGAUGCGCCUGUUUGCAGGUGUGAUGGUCCCAAAUAUGGUCUCUGAGUCCUCUGGUCUUUUCCAGAAUUAG